CUAGAGGGAGAAACAGGAAAGGGAGGAGGGGGGAGAGAGCUCCUGGGUUGCUGCCGCUGCUGCUGCGAGAGGCUGUUUCUUUACUCUCCCUGGCAGGCUCUCCUGCUGCCUGGGAAAGUGGGUUACAGAAGGAAGGAGCUCAGCCCAGACGCUGGCAGAGGAGCAGCCAGCCACAGAGAGUCCAAGGGAGCACCCCUGCCGUUGACAGUCGCCUCCUCAUCAUUAAGCGUUUUACAUUUGCACUCUUCCUUCGGAAAAUUUGUUCCUUCACUUUCUCCCCCCCACCCCGGCUUGGAUUUGAUGAGGGCUUUGUUAAGUCUCAGAGGGGAAAGAGACUGAGCGAGGGAAAGAGCGAGGCAAAGUGGAAGGGAGUGCGCGCUGGACCCGCCCGAGCAGCCUUGGCAGUGGCUGCUAGCCCCACGCGCUAGAGCCCCUCUCCGUGGCCAGCAGCGCGCACACGGGAGUCCACCGCGGACCAACUCGCCGAGGCCACCAUGGUCGGGAGAGUUCAGCCCGAUCGGAAACAGUUGCCGCUGGUCCUACUGAGACUGCUCUGCCUUCUUCCCACAGGACUGCCCGUUCGCAGCGUGGAUUUUAACCGAGGCACGGACAACAUCACCGUGAGGCAGGGGGACACGGCCAUCCUCAGAUGUGUGGUCGAAGACAAGAACUCGAAAGUGGCCUGGUUGAACCGCUCUGGCAUCAUCUUCGCUGGACAUGAUAAGUGGUCCCUGGAUCCUCGGGUUGAGCUGGAGAAACGCCAUUCUCUGGAAUACAGCCUCCGAAUCCAGAAGGUGGAUGUCUAUGAUGAGGGAUCCUACACAUGCUCAGUUCAGACACAGCAUGAGCCCAAGACCUCCCAAGUUUACUUGAUCGUGCAAGUUCCACCAAAGAUCUCCAACAUCUCCUCAGAUGUCACUGUGAAUGAGGGCAGCAAUGUAACCCUGGUCUGCAUGGCCAAUGGCCGCCCUGAACCUGUUAUCACCUGGAGACACCUUACACCAACUGGAAGAGAAUUUGAAGGAGAAGAAGAAUAUCUGGAGAUCCUAGGCAUCACUAGGGAGCAGUCAGGCAAAUACGAGUGCAAGGCUGCCAACGAGGUCUCCUCUGCGGAUGUCAAACAAGUCAAGGUCACUGUGAACUAUCCACCCACUAUCACGGAGUCCAAGAGCAACGAAGCCACCACAGGACGACAAGCUUCCCUCAAAUGUGAGGCCUCGGCAGUGCCCGCACCUGACUUUGAGUGGUACCGAGAUGACACCAGGAUAAACAGUGCAAAUGGCCUUGAGAUUAAAAGCACGGAGGGCCAGUCCUCCCUGACGGUGACCAAUGUCACUGAGGAGCACUAUGGCAACUAUACCUGCGUGGCUGCUAACAAGCUGGGCGUCACCAAUGCCAGCCUAGUUCUUUUCAGACCCGGGUCGGUGAGAGGAAUCAAUGGAUCCAUCAGUCUGGCCGUACCACUGUGGCUGCUGGCAGCAUCCCUCCUCUGCCUUCUCAGCAAAUGUUAAUAGAAUAAAAAUUUAAAAAUAAUUACAAAAACACACAGAAAUGCGUCACACAGAAACAGAGAGAGAGAGAGUGCAAAAAGGGGGGAGACUUAUUUCACAAGUUUGUGUGUUUAUAAAUGAAGGGGGAAUAUGAAAAUGAAGAAAAUACAACACUAAAAACACUUUUAAGAUCCAUCAAUAAAAAAAUUGAGUAUAAUUUAGGGUGGGAAAAAUCUCUACCAGAAUAUGUGUCUAUCUUCUAAGCAAAUGACUGCUGUGUAAAAAGACUCCAUCAUGCUAAAGAUAUCCGAUGUUGUACAAAUGAGACUAUUCAAGAAGUACCAGAUGGAUAUUAACUCCCCCACACACACUUUAUCCUUCCUUCAUCCGUCUUCAUCUGUGGAGAAAAAGAAGGUCUUGCCUUUGGUGUUUAUACUUCCAUAAUCUUUUUAUUCUGUUUUUCAUUUGAGCUAAUGUGCAGCCAUUUUGGACUAUCAAAGGAAACCUAUGUAGAGCCUUUCUCAGGCUCCACUGCCUCCAACAUCUCUCUAACCUUUGAGACCAUCCCCUUUCCCUCCAGUGUGUUCUAUCCCCCACCACCCCCAUUCCAAACAUUCCCUUUUUCUCUACCCCCAUCUCUCUUUACCCCAGCAACCCAGAACACUAGUCACGCCGCAAAUGCUAGGAAGUGCCAUCUUCAUUUUCUUUGCUGUGCGCGUGUGUGUGCUCAAGUCUCUCGCUCUCACGUAGGUGUACAUGUGUGUGCGCGUGUAUGUGUGUCUCUCUCUCAAGCAUGCCAAUGGAAUGGUCCAUGUGUACAUAGACUCAUUGUGCCGUAGAUACUGUCCUGCAUUGUAAUUGUGAGAUGCGGCUGUAACGAGUUGCUGGGGGAGAUGGCUGGGGGAGGGGGGGAGGCAAGGAGCAGAGUCCCUCCCCCAUUCAUGGCUGUCACAUGACAUCAGUGCGCAUUCAAACCAAGCUGUGCUCCUUCUGUGGGCAGGACCCCAUACCUCUCCUAGUCCCAUUUUCAAAACCCAGUCAGGAGUCACUCAGAAUAUCACUGUAAAUGAAAGUGCCUACUAUCAAUGGGGUGAGCAGACAGGGAACUGAUUCAUGGCCUGGAUGACAUGACCUAGGAGAAGAAGACGGUUUAUGGUUUCACUCUUAUUUUACAAGCCUGGGGGAUUCAUAAGUUUUCUAGCUUUAUAUAGGUUGAGUCCCGUUGCAGAAAUGAGCAACAUGUAUUGAGCAGGUCUCCAGAAACAAGAAAGUCUCUGAGUGAUAACUCCCAAGGGAAAGAGGAGCUGAUGGAGAUCCUAUGCAGGCCUGCUUUGUCCUCUCACUAAUCUUCAGAUAACGCUGCAUUUGCCCCGUAAUUCCCCUAAGCUGAGAUUGUUGUCUCUUUCAGAUAAAAGAUUGUGAGUGAGACAUGAAAAGUAGAUAGAUAGAUGCCCAGGUCCUUUCUAUAGAGGCUGCCAAACCUCUAAUGCAAAGUCCUGACCAUCACAAAAUAGGAAUUCCAGGCUUUGUUCUCCUUUGUGGAUUAUCAUCCUUGAGUUCUAGACUAAUGCUUUAUUAAGUUCCUGCUCCACUGAUGAGGCGUGUGGCACCAUUGCCUGUGGAGG